AUGGCUGAUCGUGCGCGGCGCGAAAGGGGAUCCAAAGUUGACAAAUGGGCAGAAUAUAAACGCGCUAGGGAUGGUGGUGGUCGUGCGUGGAAGGAGGAGGAAGACGUUAGUUUAUACGAUGAAGUCACUGAAGACCAAUACAAGUCGAUCGUCCGGGGAAGGCUUGCCAAGGAUGAUUUUGUAAUCGACGACGGUGUCCGAGGCUACAUGGACAACGGGAUAGAUGAUUUCGAAGAGCUUGAAGAGUAUGCAGAAAGCGACGAGUGUAGAUCUGGAAGAAAAUCUAAGCUAUCGAAAUCCAAGGGCGACUCGAAAACCAAAGCGAGGUCAAGACCCAAAGCGCCCCCUCCAGAGGUCACAACCUCCAUUAACGCGUAUAGGCCGAUAGUCUCUGUGGAUCAAGAGACAGACUUCAUGGCUUCACUCAUGGCUGAAUUUGAUAGCAAUACGAGCAAAAUCAAGGAAGCCGCAAAGUCACGCAAACGCAAGCCUUCUCCUGCAUUUGAAUACGCAGAGGGAAAUUCUUCGCCCAAUGGUCAUGAUUCCUCAGUGUACAGGCGUGCCAAUGCAUACAACUACAGAACUUCGUAUGCAGACGCAGACGCUUCCUCAGACGGGGUAUUAGAUGACGGUUUGGCUAAUAUACCCUCCAGUGACGAUCUGGUCAUGAAUCCGAAGAAGAAGAUCAAAAUGGAGUCGCACGGAGUGACAUCUGCCACAGAGCGUAUCAACAAACUAGAGGUGAACAGUGCGGCUAGUGGAACGGAUGGAGGCGAUACCUCAUUCGAUGACAUCGAUAUGGAUGCCUUCAUGGCAGUAGAUGAAGACGAGCUGCAAGCACUCACUCCUCAGAAAGCUGGCCUCGGACAUUUCAAGUUGGAGAGUGCAAAACCUGCAGCCCUAGAACCGACCAACGGCAAAUACAGCGCGCAGGAGCGGCCAAAAAGAUUAGACGACGUACCCUCGUGGCUCUCCACUUAUGAAUCACUUAGCACUGCUCCUGAUGAUCAGCUCGGGCAGUCGCUCAGAACGACAAACUCGUCGAAAGCUGCUGACAUAUCGGUCCUCGAAAAAGAUGGUUCCUUUCGAUUCUACUGGUUGGAUUAUCUCGAACAUGAGGGCAGGUUGUACCUUGUAGGCAAGACGCAAGACAAGGUAUCAAGGACAUGGAUUUCAUGCUGUGUGACUAUCGAGAAUCUGCAACGGAACUUAUUCGUUUUACCUCGCGAACGGAAAAUGGAAGAAGACGAUGAAACAGGAAAACUAUACGAGACCGAUGUAGUGCCUGAUAUGUCUGACGUUUUCAGCGACUUCGACCGCAUCCGGAAGCAUGCUGGAAUCAAGAGUUGGAAAGGUAAAUUUGUCAAGAGGCGGUAUGCGUUUGGGGAGAAGGACGUGCCAAAAGGCGAGUCCCAAUGGUUCAAGGUAGUAUAUGGCUUCGAAGAACCCCAGCUUCCGAAUAAUGCGUGUAGUCCUAGUAUCGCUCGGAUAUUUGGUACUAGUACGAGCGCCUUCGAACUCCUAGUGCUAAAACGCAAGAUCAUGGGUCCCUGCUGGCUACAAAUUAAGAAACCUCAGGUCGAACACAAAGGAGUCUCGUGGUGUAAAAUGGAAACUACCGUAUCCGACCCGAAGGAUAUCAACCCGUUCUCCGAAACCGAUCCACAAGCUCCUAGAGAGAUCCCGCCUUUAACGAUCAUGAGCUUGAGUUUACGCACGAUCGUGAAUCAUAAGGAGAAUAAUCGAGAGGUCGUCUGCGCUACCUCCAGAAUCUGGUCGAAUACGGACCUUGAUGAUCCCACUCCUCCAGAGGCUCUACCAUGUCUUGUGCGAACGUUUGUCCGUCCUCUGGACCGAUUUCCUCCCAAUUUUGAAGUCCGCGCGGCUGGUAACGGCAAGGGCGUAAUCUCUACCAUGAAGAAUGAGCGCAUGCUGUUGAGCAGCCUACUUGCUACGAUCCACAAAGCGGACCCGGACGUCAUCGUAGGCCAUGAGUUCCUCGGCGUUUCACUAGAUGUUUUGCUCCACCGGAUGCGGGAUCUUAAAGCAGAUCACUGGUCGCGGAUCGGUAGAUUUAGACGAUCAAAAUGGCCCAUGAUCGGUAGGCAGGGGACGAAUAUGAAGUUUAUGAACGGUAGGCUACUGUGUGACCUGGCUAGCGACAGUGCUAAGGGUAUGAUCUCGUCGACGACGUGGUCACUCACGGAGAUGUGCAAAACACACUUGAAGAGCGACCGACAGGAUAUCGAUCCAGAUGACACCGCUAGCUACUUCGACAGUAGCGUGAGCUCCCCUGAGCGACUUCUGACGUUUGUUCGUCACUGUGAGCUAGAUGCGCACUAUCAGAUGGCAUUGGCAUCGAAAGUACAAAUACUGCCUUUGACAAGGCAACUAACGAACCUCGCUGGCAACUCUUGGAAUAAAACUUUGAAUGGCGGACGAGCGGAACGUAACGAGUACAUUCUACUUCACGAAUUCCAUCGGCUUAAAUACAUCUGCCCCGAUAAGCUCUGGGGAAAGAAGGCGGCCACAGCGGAAAAGGAGAUGCAGGAUGAUGACCUCGAAGGAGGUGGUAAAGCGACGAAAAGCAAGAGGGACAAGUACAAAGGAGGUCUUGUUUUCGAACCCAAGCGAGGUCUAUGGGACAAGUUUAUUCUUGUCAUGGAUUUCAAUUCUCUGUACCCCAGUAUUAUACAGGAGUACAAUAUCGAUUUCACCACGGUUGAUCGGGUAGAAGAUGAGGAUGGCGAAGAGAAGAUCCCUGAACCUCCAAGUUCUGACGUUGCACUAGGCGUGUUGCCUCGCUUGAUUGCUACCCUUGUCGGCCGUCGUCGACAAGUCAAGAGCCUGAUGAAAGAUCGAAAGGCGACUCAAUCUCAGCUGCUGCAGUGGGAUAUUAAGCAGAUGGCUCUUAAACUGACUGCAAACAGUAUGUACGGGUGCCUUGGGUUUGAGUAUUCAAGAUUCUACGCGCGGCCACUUGCUGCGCUUACAACUUUCAAGGGUCGCGAGAUCCUAACGCACACGAGAGAGUUGGCAGAAAGUCUGCAGCUUGAUGUUGUCUACGGAGACACUGACUCCGUAUUCGUGAAUUCAAACGUCACAGAUCUGGCAGAGGCUCUCAAAAUCUCUUCUGAGUUCAAAAAAGCGGUCAAUGAUCGCUAUCGACUACUGGAGAUUGACCUUGACGGUAUAUUCCAACGGCUUUUGCUGCUUCAAAAGAAGAAAUAUGCAGCGAUCAAAGUGGAAGAUGGUACUCGCACGUCGACCGAAGUGAAGGGUCUCGAUAUGAAGCGCAGAGAGUAUUGUAAUUUAUCAAAGAAUGUCUCUCAAUACGUUUUGGAUCAAAUAUUGUCAGGGGAAGAGACAGAGACAGUGGUCGAGCGGGUGCACGACUAUUUGACAACGAUGGGAGAGGACGUGCGUGCUGGAAAGAUAAAGCUAGAAGACUUCAUUGUCUUCAAGCGACUAGGAAAAAACCCCGAAGAUUAUCCCGAUGGAAAGAGUCAGCCACACGUUCAAGUUGCCCUGCGGAUGAAAGUUAGAGGUGGCACAGCUCGCUCUGGCGACGUGAUUCCUUACGUGUUCUGCUUGAACGACAACAACGAGAGUGCGAAGUCAGCACAAGCGGACCGCGCCAGACAUCCCGAUGAAGUGCGGAGAGCUGGUGCCGAGCUGAGGAUUGACUAUGAGUAUUACCUCUCUCAGCAGAUCCUUCCUCCCAUCGAACGUCUGUGCGAACCUAUAGAGGGAACAGACCGCGCUCGUUUGGCCGAGUGCCUUGGCUUGGAUGCUAGCAGGUACCGUACUUCGGCGGGCGAGUCAGAAGAACGGUACUUUGGCUCAUUUGACUCCCUCAUAUCGGACGCGGAGCGAUUCAAAGACUGUGAUCCCUUCAUAGUCCGAUGCCGGUCGUGUCAAGGCCAAGUUGCAUAUGCGCCCAUCAGUGAUCGGGGGUCGACAUUGCUCUCGUCAGCAGGUCCUGCAUGUCCUGCAUGUCAUACUCACAUGGGCCAGCCGAGCUUGCAGGUGCAGCUUGAGGUACAAAUCCGAGAACACGUAGGAAGAUUCUACGAGGGUUGGAUGGUGUGUGAUGACCCAGCAUGUGGUAACAGGACACGCAUGAUGGGUGUGUACGGUCGAAGAUGCUUGCAGCAGGGCUGUCGAGGGACAGUAACAUUUGAGUACUCUGAUGCACAGUUGUACACUCAGCUCCGGUACUACUCGUCAUUGUUUGAUGGCAAAAAGGCGCUGGACGCCGCCACUGGUGCUAGAAAAGAGGAAUUGAGCGCACUGGUGAAUGUGCAAGCGGAAUUCUUGCAUGCGAUGUCUGCAACCGUGGACAAAUAUCUAGAUCAGUGCGGGCGCCGAUGGGUCAACCUCACACAACUAUUCUCUUUUAUGAAGCUGUAA